AUGAUCCACCAGCAGGUGGUGCAGUGACUGACCCACCAAAAGCCACCCUUAAUAUCCCACUUCCUCUAUUCUUGCCUAGCUGUCAUCUGUUGUUAUGUAUGCAUCUAUUAAUGCCACACUGCUGAAAAAGAGAGAUAGAGGAGAGACAUUUGUGUCUGAAGUUGCUACAGGACAGCUGUAGCAAUAAUGUCCUCAGUAAUCAUUUCUGCAUAUUCCUGAGUCAAAGCAUUCAUCAAUAUAAAAAAGGUUGUGUUUACUUAUACACUCAUUUUCAGGUGCAUACUAUCAGCUGCGCACUAUAGGCCUGGGUAAAAAAAAAAUCGAUUUUAAUCGAUUCUCAUUUUCGAUUAGUCUAGCCUGUUUUCAGUCAGAAAACGUCUCAGAUUCAAAAUUCUAACGCGUUUUGGCGCGUUUUAAUGUGGCGUGACAGAUCGCUUUGGCGCCUCAGUUCAAGAGAAGCGGUACGUGAACUGAUCGUCUCCUUCGUUUCAGCACGAAACAAACAUGAAUGAACACCCAAAGCAGGGAAUCUUAAGUAUAAAACUGCCUGGGAGGCUGAACAUCUGUCCAGUGCUGUUUGGAGAGAUUGCAUAAAAGGCUGUCUGUUCCCAAAUGCGUAACUGUCUACAAAGACACAUCAGAAACCAUGUUUAUCCUUCUUUAUCUGAGCUUUUGGAGUGUGCUGGGGUCACACAGUCAGAACCUGAGUGCAGCAACUGCAGCAACAACAACAACAACAACAACAUCGCAAGCAUUUGUGACGACUGGAGACGACAAUGGCCAGUGCACGACCUGUCAGUUUAGACAGCAGAGUAAACUCAUGCGCCUGCACUCCAUUAAGUCUCAGAUUUUGAGCAUCCUGCGACUUGAACAGGCUCCGAAUAUAAGCAGAGAUACAGUCAAGCUACUCUUACCCAAGGCACCUCCACUGCAAGAGCUCCUGGAUCAGUAUGACCAAAAUGGAGGCAUUAGUGAGGAUGAGGAACAAGGUGGCAGCAGUGAGACCAUCAUUACCAUGGCCACAGAACCUCAAGCCAUCACCCAUCUUGAGGGAAUGCCGAAGUGUUGCAUGUUCUCACUGAGCCCAAAGAUUAUGCCUAACAGCAUCCUCAAGGCCCUGCUCUGGAUUUACCUCCGACCAGCUGAGGAGCCAACCACAGUCUUCAUCCAGAUAUCUCACCUGAGGUCCGAAGGGAACAACCACUCCAGAAUACGUGCACAGAAAAUUGACGUGAACGCCCAGACAAACUCCUGGCAGCACAUUGACAUGAAGCAGCUGUUGCAGUUGUGGCUCAAACAGCCUGAGAGUAACUUUGGGAUAGAAAUCAAGGCCUUUGACGCAAAUGGAAAUGAUCUGGCUGUGACCUCCGCAGAAUCUGGAGAAGAAGGACUGCAACCCUUCCUGGAGGUGAAAAUAUCAGACAAUGGCAAACGGUCCAGACGAGACACUGGCCUCGAUUGUGAUGAACACUCCACUGAGUCACGUUGCUGCCGGUAUCCACUCACCGUUGACUUUGAGGAAUUCGGGUGGGACUGGAUAAUUGCCCCCAAGCGCUACAAGGCCAAUUACUGCUCUGGCGAAUGCGUGCAGAAGUACCCCCACAGUCACAUCGUCAACAAGGCCAACCCUCGGGGCAGCGCAGGCCCCUGCUGCACACCCACCAAGAUGUCGCCCAUAAACAUGCUGUAUUUCAACGACCGUGAGCAGAUAAUCUACGGAAAAAUCCCUUCGAUGGUCGUAGACCUUUGCGGCUGCUCUUGAGAGCUUCUUGAGUCUCAACGACAACAAGCCCUAACGGCUCUGGACCAGAGGGGAAGUGAAAAUAACCUUUACCUUGUCCCUGACAAAAUAGUUCCUGCUUAAACCAUUGACCACACCAGGAUCCCAACAAACCAACUUAUCCAAUUCUUUAGUUUGUUCUCAACGACUGUUGCACACAAGGACAAUUAGUUCCAAGGUGACAAGGGUUUCUUUGUUUAUGAAGGUAUAAGGCUUCCUCUGUGAAUGCAUUUGAACAUAGAUAUGACCUGAUGGGCUUUACCAGCUUGAUAUCAGAAUGUAAAAAUUGCAAGUACUUUGAAGUUUUAAAUUAAUGCCAAAGGGGGUUGUAUAGUUGAUUAUUUAUAUAAAGUCACUUAUCCCCCAGUGACCCAAAAACAGGAACACUGACCAAGAAUCUCACUCAACAUGACGUCCAAACAAUAUUCAGCAGUUGUUUCAUAGCAUAUGGGUAGCUGACAAAUGAUAGGAAUAGGAAUACCUUUUCAUUGCUGUAACCGUUCACGGUUUUUAAACAUACAAAUAAUGCUUUCAGUAGACAUUGCUGGAACAUGUCAACUAUCCAAAAGCACGCAUCUGAUUAAACUGCCAAUUCACUACUUAGCCUACACAGUGUCUCUUAGGCUAGAGAUGGACAUUGUGAAUUGUUUAAUUGUAUAGAUUCUAUGGCUCAAAAUCAUGUUGUAGUUUUGAUCUGUCAUACCAAGUAAAAUGCCUAUCACUGA